AUGAAUCCAGCGACUCGCUUCGGACCAAUCAAAGGUCGCAAUGUUGUAGCCGGUUCAUAUGUCAGAGGAGACGCGACGAUCAAUUUCAACAACUCCGAACCCAGCGAUGCCUGGCUUUACAUCACAGACCCUAGGAAAGACAAGAAACGGCUCAUCAAAGAGAAGGAGGAUGUCUUAGAGGCGUGCUUCUCUUGGAUUCUACACGAGGACUAUUUCUGCAAAUGGAGAGCUGGAAAUCUUAGGCUACUCUGGAUUAAAGGCGAUGCCGGCAAGGGGAAGACAAUGAUGACUAUCGGCAUAAUCAACAAGGUAUUCAAGCAACACAUCACAGAUGACAGCGAACCCGAUUUCGAUGAUUCCGACGACCAUCUCCAACAUGACAGCAUUUCUCCACAGCAUAACGACGAAAGUAAUGACCAGGCAAACGAACCCAUAGCAUUCUUCUUCUGCCAAAAUUCUGAACCGCGACUUAGGAGCGCCGUAUCGAUUUGUCGAGGUCUUAUAUUCUUGCUCAUCGAACAGCGACCUGCUCUGAGGAAGUAUCUGGGAAAAUAUCAAGAACGGCCGAUGACCGAAAUCCUGCAGGGUUCGGAGGCAUUUUCAUACAUGCAGGAGCUCAUGACCAAAAUCGCACGUGAUCCAGACAUGCCAACAAUCUUUAUCAUCGUGGAUGCCCUUGAUGAAUGUGCAGAAGGUCGAGCAUAUUUGAUGGAUUUCAUUGCUGAGGAUAUCAACCGACCAUCCAAUCUCCGAUGGCUCAUAACAAGUCGAAAUGAUGACAGUGUAAAGCCACCUCCUAGUCUCAGCGCGUGUGACUCCAGUCUCACCAUCUCACUGGAAGAGCACCAAGACAUGAUCAACUCGAAUGUGGAUACAUACAUUGGUCACAAAGUCGACCAGGUGGUUCGACAGAAAGAACUCGGGCAUCUCCAGAACAAGCUUCUAGAAAUCUUCCACAACAAAGCCGAGAAUACCUUUCUAUGGGUAUCGCUCGUGUGUCAAGAGCUUCUUGAGGCCGAUAGCACCAUUGCGGAGACUAUACUCAACGAGCUUCCUGGCGGUCUCAAGAGCCUCUAUCGCGGAAUGCUCAAGCGACUUCAAACCCGCCACCCGGCCACGGUCAACUAUUGCACACAGCUGCUCUCGACCCUCAGCAUGGCCAAAAGACCGCUCAGGCUUAUUGAGAUAAUUCCUGUCGUGGGACUUCCAGCCGCCUUUCGGACCACCAAGGACGUCUCUCGUCUGGUCCAUAGCUGUGGGUCUUUGCUCGUCUUGCAGGGCUGUCAAGUGAAGUUCGUCCACAAAUCGGCACAGGACUUUGUACAGAACUCCAACGAGUUGCAUGAAUUCUCGUUACUGCCACUGGAUCACGAAGCUUUCGCUUGUCGACUUCUCGACUGCAUGAGUGACUCACUUAAGGGUCUAAAGAUGGACAUCUGUGACGGCAAAGAGUACGGGCCCAUCUCUGCAAAUCUGACUUCGGGAUGUCUUGAUUCGCCAAGGCUGGGGUCUCUAAAUUAUGCAUGUUGCCACUGGAUCGAACACCUUGUGUUUGAGGACAUCAGAAGAAUCGACUCAGCUGCGAUAUCAACUGCUGACCGUGUUUUUGAUUUCUGCGAAACGAACUUUCUCAAUUGGAUUGAGGCUAUGGGACUACUGGGAAGAGCAUAUGACGUUCCAAAACUGCUCCAACGCCUUGAAAACUGGUCACAAUACCAAAACCCUUCAGAACUUAUCGAAUUCAUUCGCGAUGCUCGGAAGUUCACAAGAAAAUAUCUGUACAUCAUCCAGGAAGCACCACUCCAAGUCCAUGGCACCGCAAUCGGAUUUUGUCCCGAGCAUAGCAUAAUGAAGCGUUGUUUUGGCAGCCGCAUGCUUCCGCACUUUCUUACUAUCAGCGGCACUCAAGCAGAAUGGAACUCAGAAGAUCCUAUAACACUCCCGAAUCCUACCAGAUCCAGGAUAUGGGACGUCGCAUUUUCUCCAGAUGGCGAACUUAUCGCCGUGUCAACCGCGGACGGCAUCGUGAAACUGUGGGAUUUGAAUACCGGAAGUCUAGUAAGUGACAGUAUGAUAUACUCUAGAGCUGAAACGGGAGCCUCAAAAUUGUUGUUCUCUCAUCAAGGACUUCUUUUGGCCGUCGCAUACGUACCUUCCCGUUACAGAUCAAGCUACGUGCUCUUCAGAGUGUCUGAUGGAAGUGUUGUUUGCCACGUAGAGGAACAGGACUCUAACGAACUCACAUCCAUGACAUUUUCUCCGGAUGACAAGAUAUGGGCUUGCCUAGCCGGCGAUGAGUCUAUCCAGCUGUGGGACACCGCUACCGAAAACUUCGAAUCAAAGGCUACAUGUCCCAAGAUCUUGAAAGUGCAUUCCGACCCAGAAUUUGUAUCUACAUUACAGUUUCUGGACAAUGGAGCAUUCUUGGCCGCUGUGCUGCAACCAUCGGGAAUUGUGAUGUACUGGAAUACCAAGACUGGAACUCAAUCCGAGCUUUAUGGAUCACCAGAGCCGUAUCCUUGUAAGGGCUUUGUGAAUACGGUUCGUUUGUCACCAGACGGUAUGUUCGUGCGUGUAUUUGACCUCAAGGUUGACGACUCAGUGGGCUCAGAGCUACGAAGCUCAACUGGGACAGACGAAUCUGUGGUGCAGAUAUGGGACUGCGCAGCGCGAGCAGCCUUCACUCUACCCAUGCAUGGAGAAGUUGUGUAUAAUGUCCAUCUCACUGACAAAGAAACCAUCGUUUGCAGUGGCCCAUCCUCGCUGAGUCUCUGGAAAUUCCGUACUGGCCUACAAUGCUGGGAGCACACGUUGGAUUGUGAUGUUUCAUUUGAUGUAUCAAGUGAUGGGAAGCGACUGGUGACUGUCUCACGAUACGAAGCCAGUCCAGAUUUCAAAAUUUACGACUUAGAGUCCGGUAAGGUGCUCCAGAGGCUACAGAGUCACCUAGACUUCAUGGACUCCGUGAAGUUCUCGCAGCGCUCCAAGGUCACCGAUGCCACGAUGCUAUUGUUUGCGUGGUCCCACACUGACAUGAACACAUGGACGGUAAGAACAACACCGAGUGAGAGCGAAGCGUUCCCAGGCGCUGCGAUCAAUGAACCUGAGGCCCCUGUUCAGAGUGUCUCUGCCACUGCCAGCAUAUCUCCAGCUAUGAUGCUUAAGUUUGCGCCGAACCUCGAGAGUUUGACAUCAACACACAGAAUGGUCACCCAGGAUGGCGAAGAGUUGUUUCGAGCCGUUAAUUGGAAUUACUCUCCCGAAGUGCGGUAUCGCAGUGGAUUUGUAGUCAAUAGUCGAUAUCAUGAGUUCAGGAAGUUGGCCUGUUCAAGUGAUCAUAAGUUCCUUGCUCUUGCUACCUCCUCUGGUGGCGUCAAGGUCAAGAAUAUGAUGAUAACAGGCGAAAGCGAUUCAAAGAUUCUAGACCUCCAGGACGACAACCAGUGGGGAUCAGUACUGACUUUCUUAUUCUCCCAGAAUCGAUUGAUAUCCAUGUCGGCUGAUCGACUAAGUAUUUGGAAGUUCUCCACAAAUUCAUCAUCUUUUUUUGAGGAAGACUUCUACGUUGAAUAUCCAUGUUGUGAUGCCCAGUUCUGCUGUCCCUCGCCAGACGGAGUUCAUCUCAUCGUGGCUAGGUCAAACCAUAUCGAGCUCUGGGAUGUGAACAACAGCCAAAAGCUUUAUACAAUUCAAGACUUGCAACUUCUUUCAGAUGGAAUAUGGGACCGACCACGUGAUCAAUGGAGUGAUAUAAACGAAAUCCUGUUUACACCGGAUGGAUUGCGAUACGCGUGCAUUAGUACUGACUUACAUUCCGAUCGCAUCAAAAGAAACGUCCGCCUGCGAGACACUAUAACUGGCAGCUUGCUAGCGACGAUCAAAGUCUCACGAACCCUGCAUAUGACCAUUGGAAUCAACAACGAACACAAGUUUUCUGGCGAUGGUAAAUAUCUGCUGAUGGACUGGGGAUCAACACUGCUAGCAGUGAAAUCUUCUGAAUACGAUAAAGAGCAAUUUCAUCUUGAAAAGGUUGAUGGGAGGGACAUGGACGUCAUUUCUGCACGAGAAAAAUGGGUUGAGGUGUCUUACAAUGGAUGGGUGAAGUGCGGAGAUAAAUUCGUGGUUCACCUACCACCCGGGUUCGACUACUACAGCGAAAAUAUUGCUCUUGACGAAAAGGCCGGCGUCCUGGCGGUCUGGUACACAGGAGCUCAGCAACCGACUGUUAUCCGCUGGGAUCCGAGCAAGCUCUGA